UUUUUUUUUUUUUUUUGUUCUCCCUUUCUCUCUAUUAGCCUUUGGGUGCAAUUCCAAAGGAACAAAAAGAAAUUUAAAACUUCUCUUCACUGUUAUAUAUAUUAUAUGAAUCCAAUGCAACAGGAAAUUAUGAUGAUCUUGAUAGUAAAUUUCUUUAAUGGGGGCCUUCCUGCAGGUUUAAUUAAACUCUCUUCACCCACCUUCCUUUCCUACCAUUAAAUCAAGAAAAAGAGAGAGAAAGGAGUCAUUUUCUUGGGUUUUUGGUGCUGUAGUGAUAUCAAGAAGAAAGAAGUCAGAUUUUUUUUUCUCUUGUUCUGUACUGUUUUUUGCUAGCAAUGGUGCCUUAGUUUCUUUCUUCCUUUAUGUUCAUUUUCCCCUUUUCUCAGAUAACUUUCUAGAGACUGAAUGAAAAAUGGGUUUUACAGCAAGAAAGAGAAGGUUUCAAGCUAUCGCUCUUCUUUUUCUUGCUCCUCUUCUUUUCUUGGAAAAUUUAAGUGUUGUUUGCGGUUUAAACUACACAAAUUAUAGACCAGUAAGUAGCUUGAGACUUGAAAGGAUUCAGAGGCACUUGGACAAGAUUAACAAGCCUCCUGUUAUGAUCAUAGAGAGCCCAGAUGGAGAUAUCAUAGAUUGUGUUCAUAAAAGAAGACAACCAGCUUUAGACCACCCUCUUUUAAAGAAUCACAAGAUUCAGAGAGUUCCAUCAGAAAUGCCUAAAUUGAAAGUAAUUAAAGAAGAUGAGAUGAGAGAGCCAAAGACAGUGAAGAAUGAAGGAGAGAAAGGUGCAUGGCAAAUGUGGCAUAAAAAUGGGACUAGGUGCCCUAAAGGUACUGUUCCAAUACGGCGGAGUACAGUUCAUGACGUUCUGAGAUCAAAGUCUUUGUUUGACUUUGGGAAAAAACAACGAUCUAUAUCUCUUGCUCGACGCUCCGAUGCGCCUGAUGUUGUUAGUGGGAAUGGUCAUGAGCAUGCGAUCGCAUAUACUGGAACAUCACAGGAAGUGUACGGCGCCAAAGCAACUAUAAGCGUGUGGGACCCUUCGAUCCAAGUGGUCAACGAGUUUAGCCUCUCUCAGAUCUGGGUUCUAUCGGGAUCAUUCGACGGCUCAGAUCUCAACAGCAUAGAAGCUGGAUGGCAGGUCAGUCCGGAGCUUUAUGGUGACAGCAGGCCCAGAUUGUUUACUUAUUGGACAAGUGAUUCAUACCAAGCAACAGGAUGCUACAAUCUUCUAUGUGCAGGAUUCGUGCAAACAAAUAGUAGAAUAGCCAUUGGAGCUGCAAUUUCUCCUGUAUCGUCAUUUGAAGGCAAUCAAUUUGAUAUUACUAUCCUCAUUUGGAAGGACCCCAAAUUAGGAAAUUGGUGGAUGGGAUUUGGUGACAAUACCCUAGUAGGAUAUUGGCCAGCAGAGCUAUUUACACACUUAGCUAACCAUGCCACCAUGGUGGAGUGGGGUGGUGAAGUGGUGAAUUCAAGAGCCAACGGCCGGCACACUUCGACUCAGAUGGGCUCCGGCCACUUUGCGGAAGAGGGGUUCGGAAAAGCAAGCUAUUUUAGAAACCUGGAGAUCGUCGACUCCGAUAACAGCCUUAGCUCAGCCCAAGAUAUAUCAAUCCUAGCUGAGAACACAAACUGUUACAACAUCAAGAACUCCUACAAUAAUCAAUGGGGAACAUAUUUUUACUAUGGUGGCCCGGGGAAUAAUCCUCUGUGCCCUUAAGAUCACAAAUCAUCAUCGUCUUUUAUUAUAAUUCUUUAAUAUGUAAUUAUAGUUGUGCUAUUUCCAUUCUUGUUUUUGCUAGCUCAGUCAAAUUUUUGUUUCUGUGAGAAAGGAAAGAAUGUGUCCAUUGAGUUCUAAAGAAUGUAGACAAAAAACAUAGCAUAAACAUGGAUGGAAAUAGCAAUGUUUUGGAUUUAUUACUAGCUGCUUUGUAAUGCAUGUGUAACGGCAAUUUCUUGUUUUUCUAGCUUCUUAUAACAGGAAGUUUAGUUUAUGUCUUCAAA